CCCAUUGCUUAUCUUUCCCACUUGAGUUUCAAACUGUCAAACACUUGCAACCCCAAACACCAAAAAGCUUUCACUUUUAGGGAGAGAAAGAGAGGAGAGAGAGAGAGAGAGAGAGAGAGAGAGAGAGAGGCAGUUCCAGAAUGCGGAGCAUAACUCUCUCAGACAGCUUUUUGGGGGUGCACUCGCCGCCUUCGCCAUUUCUAAAGCCCCCCAAGCCGCCAUUGUUAUGUUCAUCCUGCUACUUGCUUUCCUUCAAAUUGCGCUCGAAGAAGCUCAUUUCCAAGCUUUCUCUCCCAAACCCAACUCUCGUUUCCACCAGGUCUUCAAGAAAGUGGAAUGCGGCAGACACCUCCGAGGAAUGGAUUGGACGUCUUUUACAAACUUCUGAAAAUCCAGAUGGCCUUGAGUUACAGUACCUUAAUCGCAAGAAAUGUCGGGUGACCACAGAACAAUUUCAUGUUGUGGAUGAUUACGUGGCUUUAGAUACAGUCCUUGCAAAGGAAAACUCAAAAGCGGAUAGUCACAUGGACAGAGAGAUGCACAUUUCUUAUAAUCGAUUCUCUCAUUUUUGGAAGGCUAUCAUGCUGUGUGGAUUUCUUGCACUUCAAGGCUCUGAACCUGCUUUUGCUGUUUCUGAUCUUGCAAGUGGGUUGCCCUCAAUUCCUUUUCUGGGGAACCUUGGCGAUCUUAGCACAGGUUUUGCUUCAGCAUUUUUGCUGAUCUUUUUCUCAGAACUAGGGGAUAAGACCUUCUUUAUUGCGGCACUUUUAGCAGCUAGGAAUUCAGCUCCGGUUGUUUUUAUUGGGACCUUUGGCGCACUUGCGGCAAUGACCAUCAUAUCUGUUGUUCUUGGACGAACUUUUCACUAUGUCGAUGAAAUCCUACCAUUCAGAUUUGGCGAGACUGAUCUACCCAUUGAUGAUAUUGCUGCAGUUUUGCUCUUGGUUUACUUUGGAGUUUCAACUUUGCGUGAUGCCACCUCAAGUGAUGGUACGAAAGCAGAAGAUGAACAGAGGGAGGCAGAGCUAGCUGUUUCAGAGUUUUCAGGAAAUGGUUCUGGAAUACUAGCUGCUGCUAGCACCGCCGCUAGCACCUUCCUUCUAGUUUUUGUUGCUGAAUGGGGAGACAAAUCAUUUUUCUCCACAAUCGCACUUGCUGCAGCCUCUUCACCCCUUGGAGUCAUCGGGGGAGCGCUAGCUGGUCACGGUGUUGCAACUUUGCUUGCUGUUUUGGGGGGUUCUUUACUGGGCACAUUCUUAUCAGAGAAGGCCAUUGCGUACGUCGGAGGCGUUCUUUUUCUGGUGUUUGCAGCUGUAACACUGGUUGAGAUUGUAAGUUAAAGGUAAUAAGAUUCCCAUAUUCUUUUGACUUGAUCAAAACUCAUAAGCACGUUGUUGAUUGUAAUUAUUGUCAUCCUGUCAAUAUUAAUCAGUUUAUUAGUACAAACAUUGAUUCUUUGACUGAAA